AUGCCCAUCACUUACCAUGGCAAACCACACUGGCCUCAGGCACCUGCCAACAAGCUCCCGGCUACUGCAGAAGGGACCGCUGGCUGUCCCCGACUCAUCCAAGAGCAACACGUUCCUAAUCAUGACUGGUGUGUGUCUCAUGGUAGCAGCAGUGGUUCUGAUCUUGGCAGCCACUUUCUCGGUCAGGUUACGGAGGGACUGCGUCUGGCUCAGAAGGUGGACUACCCAGCCUUCGGCGUGUUGGCGCCCCAUUCUCACGACAGCACUUCGUCUGGGGAUAAGAAGCUGGCUCACAGUGCCCAGAUGUACCACUAUCAGCAUCAGAAGCAGCAGAUGUUGUCCCUGAAACACAGGGACGAGGCCAAGAUGACAGAGUCAGGAGCCACUUCAGAUGAAGAGAAUGAAGAUGGAGAUUUCACAGUCUAUGAGUGCCCAGGACUGGCUCCAACGGGAGAGAUGGAGGUGAGGAACCCGCUGUUUGACGACUCCACCCUGCACCUCCACGCUCACCGAGGCCACAAGUGAUCACGGACAAUUGUGCAUUACCAAUCAUCACCAAAAUAAUGUUUGCAUUACCAAUCAUCGCUUUAUGUUUCGCGCACACACACACACACACACACACACAAACGCACACACACACGCUUGCACUCUCUUAUGUAACAUUGCCCUCGUCUGUGUGACAUCACCAUCCCACCGUAAGCGCUGCUGACCUGUGCGUUCGGAGAGGAAGAGGAAGAUGGACAGAACUCAGAGGCAGCAAAUGGGAGGAGUGGAAGAGGAAGAGGAAGAUGGACAGAACUCAGAGGCAGCAAAUGAGAGGAGUGGACUUGAAUGACAAGAGGGCGAGAAUGGAUGUGGAACGUGGAGGAAGAGAAUGUAGGAGCGGAACGUGAGCACAGCACACGGCAAAGACUCUGUUGACUGCCACAGUGAUGUUGUUGACUGCCUCAGUGAUGUUGUUGACUGCCUCAGUGAUGUUGUUGUUGACUGCCUCAGUGUUGUUUCACCGGCCUCUUCAUCUCAAAUGUCCUUGUUUAUCUUCUCUAUCUCUUAAGGUUUCACCUUUCUUGACCUCCCUCGUAGCUUACUGGUUUAGUACUUCAUUUAUUGACUUGUCACUUGUUCAACGACUCCAUUUCUGUCUCACUAAACACACACAUACACAGACACACGUGCGGGGGGCGAUGGAAACAAUUGACCUGCUUAAUUGUGGACAUAUCUGCUUUCUUUUGUGUCCUGGUGUCUGCAUUAGCAUCUCACAGCUAACUUUUUGAUCCUCAUCACGCAGUUCUAGUGGUAUAGUCAGCAUGGCCAUAUGGAGCAUCCAUUAAGUCUCCUAUGGGGACUCUCAGAAACUACUACCACCACUGACUCAUGGUCUCGCGUCCUGACGUCCUUACGCUGGCUAAUAUUAGGUAAGGUGGGACAUCAUAUACUCAUUCUAUGGCAUAUGUUACAUAGUCCUCACUUCGGCUACUGUCGAUUUCUUUUUCUUUUCUUUUUUUCCGUGUUCAAUCCAACAUUGCAGGCCACACUCGCUCACCCCCCCCCCCCAGCCUGUAAACUUGAACAAUGAGAAGUGCAUUCAAUCAGGAGAGGAAAACCUUAAGCUCACGGUGGUCAGACUUCAGGUCAUCCUUCGGCCCAGUCUCUUUGCCUUUUUUUUUCGCCUGAAGAAUAGAAUGAGACACUCCCCCUCAUCAGAGUUUCCUUCCCGAGUCCGUGGCCGGUUCCGGUUCUGGUUCUGCCACGGAUCCACCUGAGGUGCCCGAGCUGCGUGCCAGAACCGCUCCAGUAAUCCGCUGCUCGUUGGGUUUGUUGUAAGUACUUGACUCUGAAAACAUAUCAAACCAGCCAAUAUCAAACCCGGGGGAGGGACGCUGGGCACACUCUUAGUGUGAUCGCCAGUCAGAACCCAUAGGAUCUGUCAGUCUGCCCCAGGGCAGCUGUGGCUACUGAGGUAGCUUACCACCACUGGUAUGACUGUGUAUGAAUGACAACUGGACUCUGGACUCUGUAAAGCGACUUCGGGUAUAUAGAGAAGCGCUAUAUAAGAUUGAAUUGAUUGAUUGAUUGAUCAUUGUACAGACAUAGCGACUAGCUGAACCUGAUCUGCAUUUCUUUUCAUUUUCUUUCAACCAAAUGUAGUUUGGUGAUGGUAUUUUUUUAAAGUAAGGAAGCAUCACUUGUGAUCUUAAUAUCGUUUUCAUAAAUGUGCAUAUAAAAGCAAACCCUAAAUUAUAUUAUGUAGCCAUUGUAUAGUCAGUAUGGUACCUCUAUGCAUGACUUGACAAAAGCUGUGUUAUGACUGCAGAAGUCUAUAUGCAUUAAUGGUUUUGCACCUGACUGUGUAUGAAACUUUGCAUAUAUGAGAUGUUUCAUGGAGGAUUCCAUAGCUUUGAAUGGUACUCCCGGGAAUCUUUUUUCUAGGUCUACAGUGGAACAAUGUCUCACACACACACACACACACUUACAACCACUGUCUAUGUUAUCACACUAAGUAUAGCUUGUUUCCAGAGUUUGUGAUGUUCUGUAAAUAUCCUCUAUACUGUACAGAGAAAGAGACAUCGUUGAUAAAUGUAUUUGCACAGGCAUAUCUAUCCUGUAUCUUUGAUUGUUGUUACCAAAAUGAAAGACUUUUUUUGUUUUUCUGUGAUGUCUGUCUAAGGAUGAAGCCUGUUGCCACUGUCUCUCAGGAAGUCUGCCGACAGUAGCUUACUUUCCUUACUUUUUAUUUCAGUGCGCUCUGACGUGGACAUUAGUAUGCACACUUACAAGUGAUUCAGAUUGGCAAAGAAUUCAUUUCUUCCCCCCGUGUGAUUCAGAGGGCACGGUUAAGUAGAGUGUUUCGGACUCGAGGGGUAUUUUUGUUCUUUUUCUUGAGCCACAGUGGCAUCGGGACGAUUCAGUGCCAUUGUUGUCUACCAUCAGAUUGAUGCUUUAAACAUUAGCCCCUGGGUACAUUGUGAUUUUUUUUUUUUUUAAUGUAGACAAAAUGAAAAAAAAAAAAACACUGAUGCCUUCCCCAGCCAUCUCUCAUACUGACGUACGCUAGAGAGGUAGAAACAUUCAGAUAGGAAUCUGACAGACACUGAAUGCUUUGAGUGACUACCACAAUUCUUUUUAUUUAUUUAUUUUUUUUAAACAAAAUGUACUUGAUCAAGUCAGAGGCUGAUGGUAGUACUGGGCAACAUUAUGGGCUUCAGUGUCACCCGAUGCCAACAGAGUGACAUUCAUGUCAUCUAGUAUUAGCAAUUGAAUGCAAUUUUUUAUUGCGUAAAAUGUGUUACUCAAUAAUAUCAACCAGCAACGUGGCCCGGUCUAUCAUCAGUCAGAGGAGCAUGAGGGUGCCCAGAACACAGUGGGGUCGGGCAGAUAGUGGAAGAUAAGAUGUCAAGACUUUCCGAGUGAUGAUAAAUAUCAAGAAGUGUUAAGCAGAAAUGUCAGAGGACCACCUAAACCGUUUCAGUUCUUUUGACAUUAGAGGCUUCGGAAUACUAGACAAAAGGCUACUGCAGGAAGGAGGGAGCCUUGUGACCCUUUUAGGGGAGCAGAGUGGCCGGGCUACCAGCCCCAAACUCCUCGACAGGUAAUGAACUUACUGACUGCGUGUCGGGACACUGCUCCAGCUUUUCUAACCCUUUUGACCCUGUCAAGAACGCAAACACGGUGCCUCUGUCCAGAUACUCUGUUUUGGGAGUGCGUCACCCAAGUGGAGUAUUUACAAUCAUAUGCUAUCCCAUGACCCCAGUGCAUUGGUCAUUAGAAAAACUCCUCUCAACUCUAAUUGAAUGGGAUGUGCAGUUCAAUUUCCUAUGACACGGAUGGAUAAUUUCACGUGCAUGUAAAGAUUGGAUAUUAUUUGAUGAAAAAUAUGAAUAAAUAUUUAUAUUAUCUUCA